UUUUCUGUUAAGUCUCUUUUGGGGGAUUAUUUUUUUAAUUGGGUCUAGUUUGAUUACUAGUAAGGUGAGUCUUUAACUAUAUUCAGUAGAUUACCUUUGCAUAAUGUCUGAAAUUUUGAGUAAGGUUUCAAAUAUUAUUUGCGCAUCUCUAUGGUGUAAAAUAGAUCUAAAUUUUGAUUUACAUCUCCAAAGUGGCCGAAAACCUCUCUAGUAGAGAGAUGCACGGGAAAUGCAAAUUGUAUUUUCCAGUUUACAUCCUUUUUUACAUCUACAAAAGGCAAAAAGUGGAUUUAGAUCUUUCCAUUGGAGGAGAAUUUGGAUUUAGAGCCACGAGGAUAUAAAUGAGGAUACAAAAGCGAUUUUAGAGAUAUCAUUUGACACUCAAUUUUACACUGCCAUUGGAGAUGCUCAACGUACAUGCAUUCUUAGUAAAUUGUGGAUUUUGAUGAUGAAUAAAUCGUGACACUUCUAUGUUCUUUUUUCCUCUCCUUUUCGCCAUGAAAUUUGCUGUUUUAAAUUUUGUGUUUUUGAAUGUUGGAGUCUUUUAGCUUCUUGUCUUGUUUGAGUGAUGAUUAUGUAAAAUCUUUUACUAGUGACAGAGUAGUUUGAUUGCUUUUGCACUUCUGAUAUGUACAUGUAGAGAAGUAUUAUGUAUGUGAACCCCCAUAAAUUCAUGUUUAUGUUUGCUAUUACUUGAAAUUUGCCUUAAUUCAUGCAACAAACUUGAUUCAAUCUUUGUCUCUGUGCACCUUUUCCUGUAAUAAUUCACAAGCAUCUAGAAUUCUCAGCAAAUCUGUCAAUUCUUCAGCUUCCUCCAGCCCAAGUAUACUGUUUUAUAGUGGAGAAAGCAAUGGCGAGAGCCUCCAUAUGCCAAGAUCUGAAUAUGGGAUAUUGCAGUUGCCUAAUGCUAAUGCUAAGCCCAUUCCAUUCAAAGAAUUAAAGAAACCAACCAGAAACUUUAGACCUGACAACAUUUUUAGGAAAGGAGGAUUUGGUCCAGUUUUUAAGGAAGGGAUCAACAAGCGUACUCUUACUGCUGAAAAGCUGGGAUUUGGAAUGACCGUUGCUAUCAAGCUGUGGAAUCGCAAUGACUUUCAAGGGUGCAAGGGAUGGUUGACGGAGGUGAAUCAUCUGAGCCAUUUUUGUCAUCCAAACCUGAUUAAACUUAUUGCUUACUGCACUGAGGGUAACAACCUGCUUUUGGUAUAUGAGUUCAUGCCGAAGGGAAGCCUGUACAAUCAUUUGUUCGGAAGAGAGAAUCAGUGUCUUUCUUGGUCUACUAGAAUUCAGGUGGCUGUUAAUACUGCUGAAGGCCUUUAUUUCUUGCAUGAUGCUAAAAACCAAGUGAAACAACGAAAUUUUAAGUCUGCUAACAUUCUUUUGGACAAGGUCUGUUCCUUGGAUAUUUAUGUUUUGUCUUUUUGUAUUGGUUUUCACAUAAGGUAUUUGCUUGCAUAGAAAAAGUAACAGCCUAGUUACAU